GGCUAAAAGGGUGGUUUAUUAUUGGUCAAAAGCCGAGAAACCCCCCAAACCCGGCUCCUUCUCUCUGCAAAUUUCUUUUUCUAUAAAAUGCAUUUUAUUUACCAAUUUGAAAUCCCCAAAAAACCCAACCUUCAAAUCGGCUUCGUAAGAGAAGCCCACCGGAAUUUUCUUUUUUUUCCUUUUUUUUUCUUUUUGGUUUAUAUAUACAUACAUAUAUAUAUAUAAUUUAUUAUUUGCAUCAAGGGGCCAUUUCUCUGCUUUUUCUUGGGUUUCUCUCUUUUGAUCCCAUUUGCUUGUUUGAAAAGAAACGAAUCUUCCUAUUUUACCCUCUGGAAACCCUCUGAAUUUUGAUUCAAUUUUCAAAUGGGUUUCUUCUGGUUGCCCCCGCGAUUAAGAUGCUGUUUGAUUUUAGAUUAAUGGUGCCUGCCUGCAUUGAGUUGUAUGAAGGGUUGUUCUUUUGGGGGAAUUGAUAUAUAAGGGUUGUUCUUUUUUCGAAAAAUAAAAAUUAUAAUUAAUAGAAGCAAUGGUGACCACUACAUGGAGAAAAUACGUGACGCCGUGUUGGAGGCCGUCGGCCGAUAGUCGAAGCGAAAACAGCACAAAUCGAGGAAGCAAUUUAAACAGUCAAUCGGAUGAUGGUUUGUGGUGGUACAAAGAUUUAGGUAACCACAUUCACGGCCAGUUUUCGAUGGCUGUGAUUCAAGCAAAUGUCGUAUUGGAAGAUCAAAGCCAGCUCGAGUCGGGACCUAUGAGCUCAAUCGAGCCGGGCCCACAAGGCACAUUCGUUGGAGUUUACGACGGGCACGCUGGUCCCGAAGCUGCUCGGUUUAUCAACACUCGCCUCUUUGAAAAUAUCAAGAAAUUUACGUCAGACGAUCAAGAAAUGUCGGCCGAUGUUAUUAAAAACGCUUAUUUGGAAACCGAGGAAGAGUUUCUUUCGAUGGUGAGAAAGCAAUGGGAUAUCAAACCACAAAUUGCGUCUGUGGGGUCGUGUUGUUUGGCUGGUAUUAUAUGCAACGGUACAUUAUACAUUGCAAAUGCGGGAGAUUCUAGGGCCGUUUUGGGAAGAGUGGACAAAUUCGAUAAACAGGUUAAAGCUGUUCAAUUGUCGGAGGAACACAACGCGAAUCUUGAAUCUGUAAGAGAUGAGUUGCACUCAUUACACCCGGAGGAUCCUCAGAUUGUUGUCCUAAAGCACAAAGUUUGGCGUGUGAAGGGUAUUAUUCAGAUUUCGAGAUCAAUUGGAGAUGCGUAUUUGAAGAACCAAGAAUUUAAUAGAAUCCCUUUGUUACCAAAGUUUCGAGUGCACGAACCUUUUCACAAACCAAUCCUAUUGGCUGAGCCAGCUAUACACGUUCAGAAACUUUAUCCGGAAGAUCAAUUUCUUAUUUUUGCUUCAGAUGGGUUAUGGGAACACCUUACCAAUCAAGAAGCCGUCGAAAUUGUCCAAAAUUCUGCUCGUAAUGGAAUUGCGAGAAAAUUAGUGAAAGCGGCACUUCACGAAGCGGCAAAGAAAAGAGAAAUGAGAUACUCUGACCUGAAAAAGAUCGAUCGAGGAGUAAGAAGACAUUUCCAUGAUGACAUCACCGUUAUAGUUCUUUUUAUAGGCUCCAAUUUGAGUAGUGGCAGUUCUUUACAGGGGCCUAUUCUUUCGAUCAAAGGAGGAGAUGCAAAUACGUAGUAUAUAAUAUAUUCUUCUAUAGCUUAUCGUAAAAACAAUUUUUUUUUGGGGGGACAAUUUUUUUCGUUAAUAGGGAAAAAGGGAAAAAGGGAAAAAAACGUAUAAGCGAAUGUACGAUGGAGUUGCACCUGCAUUUGAUAAAUGUUAAUGAUUAUGUCGGGGAAGGAAGAGCCGAUGGAAUGUUUUUUAUUGGUAAAACUUUCGGGUGAACUGGCAUAUGAAAUGGAGAAAAAUUAACAGAGAAUUCGGAAACGAUGAUGAUUUUAGAAUAACAUUCGAUUUUUUUUUUUGUUUGGUUAGGGCUAUGUUUCCUUCUUACAGAGAAUAUGUCUGAAUUGUUUUACAAUAAUAUAUACAAUUUUGUUCCUGCAUGGGAUUAUGUUUACCUUUUAUUGAAGUUUUGCAAUAAUAAUUCCUGUUCUAAAAGUUGUUUGUUCUGUU